AUGUCUCUCGGUGGCAUGCUCCCUGCUGAUGCCCAGGGGUUGGCUAUAGUUGUCUUGAUUUACACACUCGCCAAUGCUGUGGUAGCCGGGUUGGUGGUCCUCAUGCAUUGCCGCCAUGGCGAUCCUUUUGGAUAUGUCCCUCUGUGUGCAUGCUUCAUGAUCGUCAAUAUCAUGGCCGCUUUUGUCCAGCAGAUACACUUCUUUACCAGCUUUGAGAAGAUCCAGACUGCCAGUUACAACUACCAGAUCAGCGGUAAUUACACUGGAAAGCCCGCUUUUACUGGAACAAGUACACCCCUGGACACUACACUGUACGAGAUUCAGUUAUAUUGCUACAACGUCGAGUCACUACUCUUCUUGUCCUGGAUCGCUGGACUCUGGCGUCAUGUCUGGCGUCUUCGUUUCGAACUUCUGGAUAGAGGUGGCCAUCUUGUUUCCACUACCGUCAAAGUCGCUGCUAUCGUCGUGCCAGCGAUACUCAUCGGCAUCGCUAACGCGUCUUCUGUCGACCGCUCACCUGGUAUCUCCUUGAUCCUGUGCAAUAUCCUGUUGGCCAGUAGUGUCGCAGUCGGUCUGGUUCUCCUCGUGCUCGUCUUCUACAAAUAUGUUUCCAUCCAGAAAUACCUCAGCGACACAUCAUCAGCAAAUCAAGGUUUCUGGGCACGCCUCGGAUGGCGCAUCAGAUUCUCCCUGCCCAGUUCCUCAAAGACGAGGAGUCAGAGAAGCAGAGCUAUGGAAAGCCAAGUCCAAAGCCAGAUGCAAAGUGGCAUGCACAGCCAAAUGCAAAACACAAACGCAUCGCAACUUCCUGCUCGCGAGCCAAAGUCUGCCCAGCGCAAGAACGACUCGAUCUACGACAAAUGGCUCUUGAUCCGUUUCUGCAUCUGCUUCGUGCUACUUUGCAUCAUGCAAAUCUAUCUCAUCUACUACUCAAUCGCCCGCUACCUCGGAUCGACCGCAAACGCCGAUACCGCAAAACUAGACUUGUCCUCAGGAGGCGCCACCAUCUCCCUCGUGAUGUUUAUCCCAGGAGUGACCCUCGGCCUCCUAAUCUUCAUCGUCUUCGGCUCGACCGGACCCUUCCGUCGCGACUACGCACGCUGGGCCCGCUCUCUCGUCUCCUGCAUGCUCGGUCGCCGCAGUACCAGAAACUCUUUGGCAUCGGGAAGCUUGCAUCGCACUGAGAGCGUAGUGCGCUUGACGAAUCUAGAGCACAAGAGUAGCCAUCGCAGCGGUGGCAACGAGGAAGCGGGAUUAGCUGGUAAAGGGCCGGAUGGCGAGUAUAGGGUUUCUGUCACGCCUGUCGCUGGCGAGGAAGGCGAUUAUGAGGAGAGGCAGAUGGGGAUGGGGAUUUUGAUGACGCGAAGUAUCAAGCAGAGUGAUGGUAGAUAA